AUCAGUGGGUUGCUGGUGCGGCAGUGUAGUGAAGGUAGUGGAGAGGGCGGCGCCGCCAUAGCGUGCUGAACGAGCUGCAACGAUGAGUCACCGUAAUUUCGAGCAUCCUCGCCAUGGCUCCCUAGGCUUCUUGCCCAGGAAGCGGAGCAAGCGACAUAGGGGAAAGGUGAAGUCGUUCCCGAGGGAUGACCYGAAGAAGAAGCCGCAUUUGACGGCCUUUCUAGGGUACAAGGCCGGAAUGACUCAUAUCAUGCGAGAGGUGGACAAGGCGGGAUCGAAGCUCCACAAGAAGGAGACAUGCAAGGCUGUGACUGUCAUCGAAAUGCCGCCGAUGCUGGUCGUCGGUCUGACGGGCUACAUCAUGACUCCUCSAGGGCUUCGGUCGUUGGUGACUGUCUAGGCUCAACAUCUUAGCAAGGAUCUUCUCCGAAGAUUCUACAAGAAUUGGUACAAGUGGAAGAAGAAGGCGUUCUCCAAGUACGCACAGAAGUACGACACUGCCGAGGGGAAGAAGGACUUCCAAGCGCAGCUUGAAAAGC